AUGAAGGACCCGGGUCGACACUCCAUCCCAAAAUUUUGUCGCGUCUCUGGUCGCAUGGCGGCCGUGCGAAGAACCGCAGUCGCUGCGACGCGGCUGUUGGACUGCGUCGCGGCAGUCGCGGCAUCUGGUCGGCACCACAUGAUUGCGGUGGAUUUUUCUUCCCACUCCAUCUCCGAUAAAGGCAUAUCACGGGACUACCACAUCGCGCCUAUUUCCGCGCCAAGUAACCUCAUCCGUUGCUCCUCAUCGUCCGUGGCGCCUUCUUCCUCACCGCACGACGCGCCAUGCUUUUCCGAGUCGCAGUCGACUCGGAGGAACUACCCUGCGGGUUUAUUUCACGGCGCACUCUUCCGCCGGACAACAGGCGCGCGCCGAUUCCAUCCCCCACGUCCCGCCGCUUUCCUCUCCGCUAUUUCCCCCAUCUCCGCGCGCGGCAUCGCUGGAAGUUCCGCCAGUAGCGCGGAGCCCGUCGGAAGAGCGGAGGAGGGCGGGGGCGGUCACGCGAUUCUGGAGCUGAAGCUGGCGCAGACGGGCGAGGGGAUUGCCGAGUGCGAGUUGCUGCAGUGGUUUGUGGAAGAGGGCGAGGAGGUGCGCGCGUUCCAGCGCGUGUGCCAGGUGCAGAGCGACAAGGCGACGGUGGACAUCACGAGCCGCUUCCACGGCCGCAUCCUGCGCACUCACUUCAUGCCGGGGGACGUCGUCAAGGUCGGAGAGACGUUAGCGGACAUCCUUCCGCCCGGCGCAGGCGAGCCUGUAGCCACGUCAGCACCGCCACCUCACGACACGUCAUCAGAGCCACAAUCAUCGUCAGCCUCCUCCACCUCUUCCUCCUCUGCCACGUCACCAUCUCGCGCCGACCAAAGCCACGAGGUGCUGGCGGUGCCAGCGGUGCGCCACCUGGCAAGGACGCACGGGAUCAACCUGGCUGACGUGGAGGGCACGGGCCGGGACGGGCGCGUGACUAAAGAGGAUGUGCUUGCGUACGUGCAGUCACGGCAAGGCGUUGAGGAGGAGAUGAGGAUGGAAGAGCAUGUGCUAGAAGGACCAGAACCAGCCAUGGGUGACACACUGGGUGCAGGAGGAGCAGCAGGAGGAGCAGCAGGAGGAGGAGCAGCAGGAGGAGGGGGAGGGGGAGGGGUGCUGGUUGGAGGUGGGGUUGAGGCUGGGGCAGGAGAGGCGGUGGGGCGGAUGGGUGUUGCUGCUGCAGCUGCGCAAGCAGAGGGUGUGGGUGCGGGCGCGGGUGCGAGGGCACGCGUUGAUGACACGAACGACAUCCUGCUGCCAAUGCGCGGGUACCGGAGGGCCAUGGCGAAGGCGAUGGCAGCAGCGCUGGCAGUGCCGCACUUCACCUUCAUGGACGAGGUAUCCAUGGACGCUGCUCUCUCCCUGCGCUCCCAGCUCAACUCCGCCUCCUCCUCCGCUGCCGCCGCCGCUGCUGCUGCUGCCGCUGGAGGUUCUGCUGCAAAGCCUGCAGCUGACAAGGCAGGGGCAGGAGGAGGGGCAGCAGCGGCGGUGGUGCGGUUGACGCAUCUGCCGAUUCUGGUGAAGGCGUUGUCAGUGGCGUUGCACGACUACCCCACGCUCAACAGCACCCUCGAUGACGCCUCCUUCACCCACCUGCGCUGCAAACGGGCGCACAACAUCGGCAUUGCCAUGGCGACGCCAUCAGGCCUCGUGGUUCCCAAUAUCAAGAACUGCCAGAGCAAGUCCAUUCCCCAGAUCGCAGAGGACAUCGCCCGUCUGCGCCGCCUGGCGCUGCUGAACCAGCUGCCCAAUGAGGACGUGACAGGUGGCACCAUCUCCAUAUCCAACAUCGGCAGCAUCGGCGGCACGUAUGCCACACCGCUGGUGCAUCUACCAGAGGUGGCCAUCGUGGCUCUGGGUCGCGUGCACACCAUGCCCCGCUUCGACGCCCAUGGGAACGUGGUUCCGGUGGCGCUCAUGAAUGUGAGCUGGUCAGCAGAUCACCGGGUAAUCGACGGUGCCACGCUAGCUGCCUUCUCCUCGCACUGGAAAUCCUUUAUUGAGUGCCCCACCAACCUGCUGCUGCACCUCAUGUAG